GUAAUAUAAAAUAUACAAGCUCGUCUCUCAUAUAGUGAUAUGCAAUAAAUGCCACCUCAGUGUCUCUCUCACUGGAUGCGGCAAGCAUGAUCUCCGUCGACCCUGACCUCCUCCGUUUCUGGCGCUGGAGGAUUCUAGCCGCCAUCAUUCUCAUCCACUCCGACUCCUUGGGCCUCACCACCGACGGCGUAAUCCUCCUCUCCUUCAAAUACAGCAUCCUCAGCGACCCUCUCCAAGUCCUACACUCCUGGAACUACACCGACGCCACUCCCUGCUCCUGGUACGGCGUCACCUGCGCCGGCCCCGCCUCCGCCGUCACCGCCCUCUCCCUCCCCAAUUCCGCCCUCCUCGGAUCAAUCCCCGCCACGCUCGGAACCAUCCCCCACCUCCGUCUUCUAAACCUCUCCAACAAUUCCAUCAACGGCUCUAUUCCGGACUCUCUCUUCUUCGCCUCCGAGCUUCAAACCCUCGAUUUUUCCAACAAUUUGAUCUCCGGCGACCUCCCGCCGCUCCUCGGAAACCUCAAAAGUCUCCGCCUUCUCAACCUCUCUGAUAAUGCCCUGGCCGGAAGGCUCCCGGCGAAUCUCUCAGGUUUGCACAACUUAACAGCUAUUUCCUUGAGGAGCAAUUACUUCUCCGGUGAGAUUCCAGGUGGAUUCAACUCUGUUAAAUUCUUAGAUCUAUCAUCGAAUUUGUUCAACGGCACACUCCCGGUGAAUUUCGGAGGCGAAAAGGUCGAGUAUCUCAACGUCUCCUACAACAGACUCUCCGGCGAUAUUCCGCCGGAGUUCGCCGCCGGAAUAGCGGCGAAUGCGACAAUCGAUCUCUCAUCCAACGACCUCACCGGUGAAAUUCCAGAAUCCGACCUCUUCUCCAACCAACGGAGCGAUUCCUACUCCGGAAACGCUAACUUGUGCGGCAAGCCGUUGAAGAGCCUCUGCCCGAUUCCGUCUUCCGCAGCAAUCGUGCCUAAUUCGUCGGUGCCGGCGAUCGCUGCGAUUCCGAAUACCAUCACCUCCAGCCCCGGUCCGCCGCAGCAGGGGAGAACGAGCGGGCUCCCAACCGGAACAAUUAUAGGGAUCGUCGCCGGCGAUGUGGCGGGAAUCGCGGUUUUAUUAGCGAUAUUUGGUUACGUGUACAGUGUGAAGAAAAGAGGAAGCGCGAAAAAGGAGGCGGAAAUUGGGGGUGAGUUUGACUGGGCUUCGGCAUCGGCCAGCUGGCUCCGUGGCUGGACGUGCCUCAAAAAGCAGCGCAAUGCGGCGGUGGACGACGCCGAAGAAGCCUCCUCCGAUUCGACGAGCUCAGACGGAGAAUCGGCGCAGCAGAAAAGCGGAGGAGCGCUGGUGACGGUGGACGGGGAGAAGGAGCUGGAGCUGGAGACGCUGCUGAAGGCGUCGGCGUACAUUCUAGGGGCGUCGGGUUCGAGUAUUAUGUACAAGGCUGUUUUGGAAGACGGGACGACGCUGGCGGUGCGGCGGAUUGGGGAGAGCGGCGUGGAGAGAUUUAGGGAUUUCCACAACCAGGUUCGGGUCAUCGCGAAGCUGGUGCAUCCCAACCUGGUUCGGAUCCGAGGCUUCUAUUGGGGCUCCGAGGAGAAGCUCAUCGUCUAUGAAUUCCUUCCCAACGCUAGUCUCGCUAACGCCCGUUACAGGAAAGCUGGUUCCUCGCCAUGCCCUUUACCGUGGGAAAUGCGGCUCAAGAUAGCCAAAGGCGUGGCGUGCGGGCUGUGCUACAUCCACGAGAAGAAGCAUGUGCACGGAAAUCUCAAGCCCACUAACAUCUUACUGGGCUGGGAUAUGGAGCCCAAAAUCGGAGAUUUUGGACUCCAGCGCCUCGUCACAUGCGACAACAGCAGCUCCAAGGCUUGGGCCGGCAGCUCGGCCCGUAACUUCGGGAGCAAGCGGUCCACAGCCUCGCGGGACAGCUUCCCAGACUAUGCGAGCGGGGCCACCCCAAGCCCGAGCCCUAGCAUAAUGGGCGUGUCACCAUACCACGCGCCCGAGUCCCUUAGGAGCCUGAAGGCCACUUCGAAGUGGGACGUGUACUCCUUCGGAGUGGUGCUACUGGAGCUCCUUACGGGCAAAGUUAUAGUGUCCGAGGAGGCGGGCCCCGGACUGGCAUUAGCCGGGACCGCGUCGUCGGACGAAGACAGGGGAAAAGUGGUGAGGAUGGCCGACGCGGCAAUCCGUGUUGACAUGGAAGGGAAGGAGGAGGAGUUGCUGGCGUUGCUUAAAUUAGGGUACAGUUGCAUAUCGGCGGCGCCGCAGAAGAGACCGUCGAUGAAGGAGGCGCUUCAAGCACUAGAUAGGUUUCCGGCGGCUUCGUUUUCUUCUGCUUGUUAUUGAUUGAUUGUAGGCACAGUGUGAUAUGAGUGAUGAAUGGCUGACAUGUUGUAGUUUUUUUACUAAACUAUCUUUGAUAAUAUUACUAUCAUAGGUUAAUUUGUUUUCAA